AUGGCUUCCCCUAGCGUUCUCACCUUUGACGCUAAGGGUCGGGCGGUGGACUUUGAGGUCUGGGUAGAUGAUCUGCAGCUUUUUCUGCAGUGCGAUAGGGUUGACGGCCUCUCCCUGUUUGACCUCACUUAUGGUGCCUCCCCUGCCCCUGCUGCUGAUGCUGACGCCACCAUUCGCUCACAGUGGGCCACACGUGAUGCUGCUGCUCGCCUUGCUGUUCGCCGCCACUUACCGACCACUGAGCGUGCACACUUUAGCCAGUACAAGAGUGCUCAGACCUUGUACGACGCUGUAGUUGCACGCUACUCUUCCACUGCCACUGCUGCACUGAGCCGCCUCAUGCUACCGUUCCUCUUCCCUGACCUUGCGGCCUUUCCCACUGUCGCUGACCUCAUUACGCACCUCCGCACUCUUGACACUCGCUACCGCGCUGCGCUUCCUACUGAGUUCUGCGCUAAGAACCCCCCCCCCCCCAUGUACAUCACCCUCUACUACAUAGUCAACCGGAUCCCUGACUCUCUUCCCGUAGUCAGGGACCACUUCCUCUCUGUUUGCCCCACCACUCUCACUGUUGACCUCCUCGAGAAGGCCCUACUAGCGAUAGAGAAGAGCAUAGUCACUGUAGGAGCCUCUUGUGGUGACCCUCGCACCCCCAUCUUUGAGGGGUGUUCUCCCUCCCCCCUCUUGCCCUAUGUCGCCUCUGCUGCUGCGGCCGACCUCGUUGGUUUCGAGUCGGUUGGCGCUGCGUCUGCCCCGAGCGGGAGACGCCGCACCGGCAAGGGCAAGGGGGGGGCAAGGGCACUGGAGGGGGUGGAGGGGGCGGUGGAGGUGGUGGUGGAGGCGGUGGAGGGAGUGGGGGUGGUGGUGGGAGUGGUGCCGGGGGUGGUGGCGGCGGUGUCAGAAUAUUAG